AUGGACGCGGCAAUUGAUCUUUCAGACGCUUCCAAAGCGUUGGAUCUGGCCAACAUCAGGUUCCAGUUGAUUCGUCUAGAGGAUACAAUCACCUUCCACCUGAUCGAGCGCGUUCAAUUCCCCCUCAACAAGACUAUCUACGUCCCCGGCGGGGUCAAGAUCCCAGGCAAUGAGAUCAGUUUAAUGGACUACCUGCUCCGAGAGCAGGAGCGCCUACAGUCCCGCGUUCGUCGCUACGAGUCCCCCGACGAAUACCCUUUCUUCCCCGACGCGCUCGAGAAGCCCAUCCUGCAACCCCUCCAGUAUCCCAAGAUCCUCCACGACAACGAUGUCAACGUCAACGAGACCAUCAAAAAGCGAUACAUCGAGAACAUCCUUCCCGCAGUGUGCGCCCACUUCGGACGCGAGGAUCGAGGAGAAGCAAAAGAGAACUACGGGUCAGCAGCGACGUGCGACGUCAGCGUGCUGCAGGCGCUUUCGCGUCGAAUUCACUUUGGCAAAUUCGUCGCGGAGGCCAAGUUCCAGAAGGAUCCGGAGUUGUUUGUCAGGUUGAUCAAGGCCAAUGAUCGGGCCGGAAUCGAUGCGGCCAUUACCGAUGCGAAGGUAGAAAAGAAGGUGCUGGAGAGGUUGGGUCUUAAGGCCAAGACCUACGGGACCGACCCUGCGUUUCCAACGGAGACAGGGUCGAAGAUCAAUGUGGAUGCGGUGGUUGCCAUGUACAAGGAAUACGUCAUUCCUCUGACCAAAGUGGUGGAAGUCGAGUACCUCAUGCAACGGCUGAAAGGCACUCAAUGGGAGUGA